UGCUGCAUUGGGAUGAAAUUAAUUCCAGACUUACAGGAAGCAUACCCGUUGUAUUUUUGAAGAACUUGAAUCCCAUUGGAAGAGAUAUAUGAACUAUUAAACGUCUUGAAUGGAGGACAUCAAGUUGACAGUAUGGCAGGUACGGUAAAAAUGGAGAGACUGAUUAUAAUUACUGAAACAUGGUGCAGGAUGUGAACUAUUGGUUAAAAGAAGAAAAUACCAGUUGCCACUUAAUUCACUGACAACAUUUUUCUCCAAGUUUUCUUAACCACAGGAGAACAAAGGAAUGUCCACACUUUGUAUGUGAAACAGGUACGGGUGUAGUGUGUGGUGUUUCCAGACCCUUUGCAAUUAGGAUUGUUACUAAGCAGAAUGCCUUGGUUGCAUUUUCCUCCCUCCGUCUGGUGAAGACAAAGUUAAUUUAAACGAUUAACAACAAAUGUAGGUAUUUUCUUGGCCUAAUCCAAGAUCAAACAAGUCCAUUAUGCAAAUUUUGGUUCAUGCAUGUUUGCCAGGAUUAAAGACACUAGCAAUCAGUGGAUAUUAAUCUCCAACUCUGCACAUAGCAGUCUAGUUGUGUGUCGUUUGGAGACAGAACGAAUUUUUCCAACCUUUCCUCCCGGCCAAAUGGACUGAUUAGCUGUACAAACAACGACGACAACCAAGAGGGUGUGUGUGUCCUAAUUAACCAUCAGCUGUUCGUGCGACCACAGAACCAGGUUCAUGCUUCGUGGUGCAACCAUCACACAUUUGUGAAGAAUUGUUCGACAUUAUCUUUCCAGCCACCGGUUGUUAAAUAACUGUCCAUCCUAUUCAACUGACAAGCUGCGAAGAUGGCCAUAAGUUUCUCUUCCGAAGUUUUCAACACCAGCGACUUAGAUAUUGAGCACAUUUCAGCCCCUUUAACCUCCCUCCGGACAGUAUGUAUUUCUCUCGUUGUUGGCCUGAUCAUUUGCAUCACGAUCACUGGCAACAUUAUGGUCAUCGUUGCCUUUAUCUUAGACCGUCGCAUCAGAGCUGUACUUGGCAACUGGUUCAUCUUGAACCUCUCCGUUUGUGACCUUACGAUUGGCUUUGCCGUAUUGCCCUUCAACACGCACUGGGUUAACGUAGGGCGCUGGAGCUUCGGCGAAACGUUCUGCAAAGCCUGGCUCAUACUCGACUUUUCUGUAGCUCACAUGUCAGUCCUCAGCAUCAUGUUCAUCAGCUUGGAUCGUUACUGGAUGGUCACAAAGACCUCCAAGUAUCGCUCUUUUCUAUCGAAGAACAAGAUUCUUGCAAUGAUCAUUCCGGCAUGGAUUACCACCGUCAUUUACUACACGUUUGUGGCACUUGCAUGGGCUCCAUUGACAGAAGAAAGUCCUUUUGACUUCAACGAGGAUUGUGAACUUGAAGCACUGAUGAAUGUGUAUUUUAUUAUUGUACAGAUUCUUCUUGCAUUCGUUUUCCCGUUAACAGUCAUAACUUAUUUAAAUUUAAUCGUUUACACUGAAAUAAAACGAAGGACGAGAGCUUUCCAAAGAAAGCAGGUGCGUGUUAUGGAAGUGAGCUGCGCGUGUGAAGAGCAGAAUAUUGGUGACGCAAUGUAUUUGGAAAAACUGUAUAAAGUGCGACUCAAUACUAAAGGAAGGACUGCCGUGACGUCAAGUAACCCAUUUCUGGAUGACAGAAACAUUCGUCAAACAUCCGAGAUACACUCAGAUACAAAGGUGUACCAAGCAAUCGCAGAAGACAAUAGUGCGACAUUCCAUGGCAAUCCAGCGUCAUACUGCGAGAUGACGGCCAUAAACACCUCAACAUUUUCUCAUCAGCAGAUGCCAUUAGGCACUGAAACAAAAUGUAGUGACAACGGCCCAACACUCAGAAAAGGUCGGAAAUCGGAUAACGGGGUCCAAAUCGUGACGCGCAAGGAAUUUAAAAAGCACAGGAAGGCAGCCAUAACCCUUGCAGUUCUUGUCAGCGUCUUUGUCAUCUGCUGGCUUCCGUACCACAUCACAGCUGCAUGGAACACCAUCUGUCAGGGCUGCGUAGGGGAUCCUGCCUGGGAGAUAGUCAACUAUUUGUUGUGGUGUAACUCUACUGUCAAUCCUUUUCUGUAUGCCAUCACAAACAGUCGAUUCAGGAGGAACUUUGUUCGAUUCCUUGGAUGGCGAAGGAUCUUGAGACGAGGCAGCUGAUCGACCUAUCUGUUUAAACCGUUUACAAACAAAACUUAAUGUGCUGAAAGUGAUUUCAACUUCACAAUUCAUGCGAUACAUAGAAUUGCCUUCGUUGAUGGGAAAAUGGCGAUAACCCUUUAAGAUACUCUUUCAGUUUAUCGCUCUGUAUAGUUUGAGGUAUAAAUCUAGCAUCCCCUAAAGACGUGUGUUGAGAAAGCCUGAGUAAUUUUCUUUCAAACAGUCAUUCUAAACACUUACACUUUUGUCAUACAA